AUGUCAUUUUUCUUCAGAACAACCAAUAAAGAUCACUUCCAGUUCUUUUUUUUCUAUCAAAAAAACAACUUGAUUUUAUUAAAAAAACAACCAGAAAUGUCUGCCGAGCCGAUUGUCGAUACACCUUCAUCGACAAAUGAAAGACGUUCAUCGGAUGAUGUACUCUUAAAACAUGUUACGUUAUUAAAUGCUCAAACUCAGAAGACAUUGUCCAAACUAACGAUACCGAAAGUGCUCGUGCUCUACACAGGUGGAACCAUCGGUAUGAAAGUUGUUCGAAAAGCAUAUGAACCUGUUAGUAAUUACUUACCCGAUGCACUGCGGGAAAUGAAUAUCAUGCAUGAUGUACAAUUUGCGGAGACAAUGAGUGGAAUUGACGUGGGAAAAUCGUUUCUUUAUUUACCAUUGGCAAAUGAAGAAUGUAUCGCUUAUUAUGUUAAAGAAUAUGUUCCUUUACUCGACUCAACGAACAUGACAUUUGACAAUUAUAUUCAUAUUGCAUUGGAUAUAAAAGAGGUCUACGAUCUAUUUGAUGGAUUUGUCAUUCUUCAUGGUACGGAUACGAUGAGUUACACAGCCGCUGCUCUUUCGUUUAUGUUGGAAAAUCUUUCCAAACCGGUGGUGUUGACGGGAUCACAAAUCCCAAUCUUCGAAACAAGGAGUGAUGGUCGAGAUAAUCUUAUUGGAAGCUUAUUGUUAGCUGGACAAUAUCGUAUCCCUGAAGUAACAGUUUACUUUCGAAAUCGACUGUAUCGUGGUAAUCGUGUAACAAAAAGUGAUUGCGAGGAUCUAAAUGCAUUCGAAUCACAUAAUUUCCCGACUUUGGCUGAAUUUCGCACCAAAGUUCAAGUUAAAUGGGAUUUAGUAUUCGAUCGCUCUGCAGACGGUCCAUUUAAUGUUCAUACAAAUUUGAAUCGGAAUGUUUCACUUCUACGUCUUUUUCCCGGCAUAACUUAUUUAACUAUGCGACAGUUUCUUGAACCACCAAUCCAAGGAGUUGUCUUACAAACGUACGGAGCGGGAAAUAUUCCAACCAAUCGAGCUGAUCUAGUCGAAGAAUUACGAAAAGCAACGGAACGUGAUGUUCUCAUCGUUAAUUGUACGCAAUGUGCAAAAGGCAGUGUUUACUAUGUAUACGAAAGUGCGACAGCAUUACAAAAGGUUGGUGUUUGCUCAGGUUCAGAUAUGACUGUAGAAGCCGCACUAAUGAAGUUAGCUUAUAUUCUCGGUAAAUAUUCAUCGGAUAUGAAAUUGAUGAAAGAGAAAAUGACUCAGAAUUUACGAGGAGAAAUGUCGACUAGUUCGUAUCAGACAGACGUCCCAACGUUAAGCAUCAAUUGGUUAUUAGAUGAAACAAUCGUUCGAACAGAUGAGGAAUCAAUACGAUUUCGUCGAUCAUUGGUCCCUUGGAUUGUUUCGUCAUGUGCACAAACGGAUGACAUCAAGACUCUUCAGAAACUUCAACAAUCUAAAAAUGGUGUUGAUUUCAAUAUAUUCUUUCCUAGUGGUUCAAUGCCGCUUCACGUUUGUGCGAAACACAAUGCGAUUCAAUGUGCUGAAUUAUUCCUUCAUGUUGCGGCUACAAAUGAUCAUCCGAUCGCUAAUGAAGUUGAUCACGUCGGUAUAAGCCCGCUUUUCUAUGCUAUUUUGCGAGAAAAUGAAGCGAUGAUCGAAUUAUUGGUAUCACAUGGAGCGAAAUUGAGUGCGACACUAAAACCGAGUGAAAUUGGAAUGUACUUAUGUAAUUGUGUCAAAAAUAACCAAUUGAAUCGAUUAAAAGCAUGGUACAAAGCAGGUGCUGAUCUCGAUCAGGCGGAUUAUGAUGGUCGAACACCGAUUCUAAUCGCAGUCAAUCAUAAUGCAAUUGAUUGUCUUCGUUAUUUACUCGAGAAUGGCAAAGUCGAUGUCUCAUGGUCUGAUAAUCGUGGUUUAACACCCAUUCAAAUCGCUAAACAACGAGGUUUCGAUAGUAUUAUCCAAUUACUCUCAUCGUAUACAUCUGAGCAAUCAAAAUAG